GAAACCUGAACAUUAUCACGUUUCCGGUUCGCCAGAAAUAGGCUGAAAAGGAAACUGAUCAGCCUCAUUUACCUGCAACCAUUGCGAAAAUUAUAUCAUGACCAAACGCCUAAAAUUGGUGUUGAUAUUAGCUGUGAUUGCAGUAUCCCAAAUAGGCUUUCUUGGUGCGAGCACAGAUAUCCAAAGGUGCCGUCUAUUCAUGUCUAAAAUGGUUGGGCAUGUGGAAGAUAUCCAGGAACAUCCUGGAUAUUUUGAGACCAUUGACAUUUGUCAAAAAUUGUUGGGCUUGUGGAGAGGCAAAGCCAUCUUAAAACCUAGCCAUAAAUUGAUACCAAUUGACCGAGCCCGUGGGAGACAAUCCGCCCGCAAUGCUUUGUUUGGUGGAAAUGAUCGAUCUUUUCGGAGAGAUCAAGUGGAUCAUUUCGCGGACAACCAGAAGUGCAGGAUUGAUUUCUUCCCAAGUUUGGACUUUCAACAUGGAGAGAGUAAAAUCACUUUGACAGGAAGUGUUCCCCGUAUUAAUCUGUUCGAGAAGAGCCUACGAACCCAUGGUGAUUGUUGUUGGGUUGUAUUCGACUCAAUGGGAUUUCGAGGUAGAAGACAUCGGAUCUUGGGAGCCCAGGCUUUGAAUUCAUCCACGAAAUGGGGAAUGAGGCCUGACGAAAUUCGAAGCGUAUAUUUCCGUCCAAAGUGCCAAUUUCCACAAGGAUGAACAACGAUUAUGAUUCCCCUUUGGUCAAAUCACGUUUACGAUGAAUAUUGCGCAAUAAACAAAUUGUUCUAGCCAUA